AUGCCCGGCGCUGUGAGGGCACCCCGGCCGCGGGCUCCCGGCGGUGCCCGGCGCUGUGAGGGCUCCGGGGCCUCCGUUCGGGGCCGUAACCAGGCGGAGCUCCCGGCCAUGGGAGGGCUGCGAGCGCAGGAAGGCGGAGGUGCGGCGAGCGCAGGAUCCUCAGAGAGGUUAAGUUAUGGAGCUUCCUGUUUUACAGAAUGUGCAGGACACAGUGCAUCAUACUUCCCCAAAAGAGCUAGAUACAGCUACAGGUACUCAGCAGUCACCAACACAUUCCUGCAGGGAAAUAGUUACAAAAGCAGUGGCAUCUCUCUGGAGAGCACAGUGAUCAUUGAAGUAUUGGGGAAUUGCCAGAUGGUUUUGAAAGUGCAAGAUGUACAGAUUAAGAAAAGUUUUGCAUCCAGAGAGGAGUCUCUGAUGGAAAUGGAGAGUCUAAGGGAAAUACUAGAACAGCAUCCUCUUCAUUUUUCUUUCCGUGAUGGGAAAGUUCUGAAGCUCUGUCCUGUGAGGGGUGAAGAGACCUGGGCACUGAACAUCAAGCGAGGCAUGCUCAGUGUGCUGCAGACAGAGCCAGAAUUCUCUGCUGGUGCUGUUGUUGAGGAGGUGGAUGUCCUGGGAAUCUGCCCAACCAAGUAUCAGCAAAAGGGCCCCAUUCUUGUAAAGACAAGGGACUUAAACCUCUGCUCCCAUCGCUCUUCUGGUUUGACUUCUGUGCAGUCUGUUGUUCUUCCUCAUGUGUCAUCUGAACAGCAGAUUGUGUCCUCCCAGCUGGAAUGUGUCCAGAGCAUCAGGGAUGGGGUCCUGGAGGAGGCCAAAUGCAGCGAGUCCGAGCGCGCGAGGCUGUUCCCUCAGCAGGGCAGCGGGGCAGAGACACUGACACGGUCUGUGCUCACACUCAUGCACGUGGAAACAGAGACACUCUACAGUAAAGGGGGCUCUGAGGAUCUGUAUGUGACUGACAUUCUCUAUGAAAGGGAGGUAACUAAGAGGGAGGUCACUGGAGCAGAAGUGACUGAACUGGUGUGGAAGCUUUGCUUAGCACACAGUGCAAGUUAUGAGACUGCAGACCUUUUCAUGACUCUCGUGUUUGAGCUUCGACACCUUUCCCUUGAGGCCUUAAGGGCACUAUGGCAAAGAUCAUCAUUCAAGUGCAGAGACAAUUGGCAACCAUUGAUAGAUGCUCUCCCAUCUUGUGCCACAGAGGCAUGUGUUGUCCUAAUGAAAGACCUCAUAGCUUCUGGAGAAGUUGAGGAAGACAAAGUAGAACAUUUCUUCUGGUCAUUUGCAUUCAUUCCUAAUCCCACUUCGGGCAUGAUUGAAUCUCUUGCUCCUUUGCUGAAGUCACCUAGAGCAGGCCAGAGCUGCUUCUUGGGAGUAACUGCUCUUGUACAUAGGUUUUGUUCAGCUCACAGCUCCUGUGGUGUUGUACCUGCUGUGCAGAGUGUGAUGAGGACUCUUGGGAAAUUUUUGGGAGGAAACUGCACCGUGCAAAAUCCAGAACAUCUCAGCAAGCUGCAGCUGGUGCUGAAAGCGAUCGGGAACGCGGGGCUGGCAGCGGCUGCGCUGGCUCCUGCUCUGAGCUCGUGCGCGGCCCUCAGGAGCCAUCCCAUGGAAAUCCGCCUCGCCGCCGUCCAGGCCUUCCGGCGCAUUCCCUGCUCCCUCAGGAAUGCUAUAUUAGUUCAGCUGUAUCAAGCAACCAGCGAGGAUGUGGAAAUAAGAAUUGCUGCUUAUUAUAUAGCAAUGAAAUGUCCACAUGAAGAGUUAUUUAAACAAGUACAAAAGACUUUGCUGAAAGAAACAUCCAGCCAAGUGGGCUCCUUUGUUUGGAGUCAUCUCACUCAGCUCCUGGAGACAGAUGACCCAUUGAAGGAGCACCUUCGAGAUUCUAUUCCUGAUGAAAUCCUUAGCAAAGAUUUUGACUGGGAGAUGUGGAAAUAUUCCUCAUACUCUGAUGUCACGUUUCACUCAGCUGGUGCAGGUGCAAAUAUGGAAGCAUCAGUGGUCUUUUCUCCUACAUCUUUUCUACCACGAUCAGUCAUGACAAAUUUGACUGUUCACUUCAUGGGACAGGCUAUAAAUCUCCUGGAGGUUGGUGUACGAUUGGAGAAUGCUGAAACUCUCCUAGAGAAGGGGUUUGGGCCAAAAUCUUCUACUUUCAGUGACUAUUUUUUUGGAAACACCAAAGAAGGAAACCACAAAUCAGGAACUCCAGUGGAGACAGCAGAAGAGGUCAAGCAGAGGAACCCAACUUUGAAGCGAUACAGCCCCACUGAUCAUCUUGUGAGCAAGUCUGGCAAGCCAAAGCUGAGAAAAACAAACCAAAACUGUCUUGGUAGAAAAUACAGUAAGAUGAAUGAAUUAGUCAAAAAGUUCACUGAGAGGACAGUAAGAAAGGAGGCGUUGAAAUGUGAGCUAAGCAUGAAAAUCUUUGGAAAUGAACUUAGCUUCUUAAAUUGUGAAGAUUUAAGAAAACAAAUGAAACAUUAUUCCUUAAAUCUGGCUGAGCUGGCUGUCAAACUUCUGAAGGGGCAGGAGGUCCAGUUUAAUAAAAGGAUGAGCUUGGCCACUGAAGAGCUGCAGUUUCCAGCAAUUUCAGGCUUUCCUGUUCAGCUGGCAGUCAAUGCCUCAGCAGCAAUUAACAUAAAAAUCAAAGGGAAUGCUGAUUUCAAACAACAGUCCAAUUUCUUUCUAAAUGGAUAUAUCAAGCCAAGUGCAUUUGUUCAGCUUUCUGUCCAAAUGGGAAUUGUGGGGACUCUGGGACAAGCUGGCCUAAAGUGGUUAACAGGAAUUAGGACAUCUACUAGUCUUGAUGGGGGGAUCCAGGUGAAGAAAGGGAAAGAGCUCAAAGUUUUCUUGAACACUCCAGAAGAAUCCAUGGAGAUAAUUGAUUUCAGCUCUAAAGUCUACUACAGAAUGGUGGAUGAGACAGAGGAUAUAGAUGUCUUCCAAGACCACACAGACACCAGGUCUUGCACUAGGGAGGAAGUAUCUGAGAUUAUUGGCUGGCAGCUGUGUUCUGCAUUGUCCUAUCCUGGCCCAGCCAGUGGUUUGGUUUUCCCCCUCAGUGGACCUUUGAGAGUGGCUGUGACAUUAACUAAGCAAGACAGAGGCCUGCAGCAGUACGUGGUGGAAGCUGCCUAUGACCACACAGCUCAGGAGAAUUCAUGGAUCCCUAGUGAAGCUGUCUUUCACUUCUUCCUUGGGACUCCAAAGUCAGACUUGAAAAGAGAUAUUGGUGUUGACCUAAGUUUUAGUGUCCCACAGAAGAAAUUCAGAAUCCAGUUUAUACAACCUAAGAAAAAAAUUGAGAUUGAUGGGAGGAUUGAGUUCUCUAAAAGUUCCCGAGUUGGACACCUGGAGCUGAUAGUGGAUGACCGAGAUGUGUAUUACAUUAAGGGAAUGGCAGAUUUGCAGAUGCUGAGUGGAGAGCAGAGAUACAUGACCCAGCUGGAGGUAAAGCUGAUAAAGCAAAGCAGUCCUAUCAUUUUGUCAGGAAACAUCACUAAACAGCUUGGCAAGAAGAUAGCUUUUUCAGUAUCUCUGAAUAAUUUGUUGAAGGAUGCUGCCUUUCUUUCAGGACUUCUGGAGAAAAAGGUUGAUGAUAAGCAGAGACAAUACUCGUUGGAAGGGGAGACUCACCUGCCAGGUGUUCUUGGAGUUCACGCCAUUGCUCUUCUCCAGCAGCGUGAGGGAUUGUGGUCUCAUGGUCUGCAGAUUAAAUAUGGACUCCUAGGAGAGGCAAAAACCCCUUGCCACGAGUGCAGCACGCAGCAGAAAGUUCAAGUGGAGACGGGUGCACGGGGCUUCUACAGCCUGGAGCUGGCCCAUGAGUUUCACUGUGUGCAGGCUCCCUCCUACAGCCACCAGGUUCACCUGAAACAUGAAGUGACUGCAUCUUGGAUUUCCUCCCAGAUGGAAGUGAACUAUGGGAAACAUUGGGAUGAAGUAAACAACAAGAAGAAAGUGCUGAUCAGCCAAGCCUUUAAGAACAGUUCCAGUUCAUCUGUAGUCAGCUAUUUCAUGGAGUUUACCAUGCAAGUCCUGGAAAAACAGAUGAAUUAUAGAAUCCAGCUGCAGCACUUGCACACCUCUCAGGUGUAUUUGCAGAGCAGCACCAACUUUGAGGUGCAGUAUAAUGACCAUGUGCCAUUUGUGGCUGGGCUGCAGUGGAAGGAUGCGUCCAGAAAUGGCCUGAAGAAGUGGGAAGGUGGGUUCAGUAUAGACACCCCAUGGCUCUACCUGUACACAGCUCACAAACUGCACCAGCCUCAGCAUUCUGCUUAUUUACUGACAUCCCAGCUGACAGCUGCAAGAGCUCUCUCCAUUAAAGACCUUAUACUGGAACUAUUCUAUAAAGAUCAAGGCAAUGAGAAGGAAGGAAAAGUUCACAUUUACACACCAGCUACCACAUACCUGCAGGCAUCCACAGUUAAUCAUCUUGGGAGGAAUGUUCUGCAUAGCUAUAGUGAAAUGGUCUCUCUGUGGAAUCAGCUUGUAAAGAAUGAGAUUCAUUUGGAGAAUAAUGAACGAGCCAAACUUCUCUGCUUUAAGAUAAAGAGUACAAAACAGGAAUUUAACUUCACAGCCAGCUAUCAGAAUCUGCCAACGUGUGAAGGUCAGAUAAAGGAGCUGAGGAAGGAGAAGAUGCUCUAUCAAAAACGUGCAACCCUUCAUUUCAGGCAUCCUUUUAAAGUGCCUUUUCUGCAGAGCUUCUUUCUGCAGGAGACAUUUACUGUUGACAAAAAGCAAAAGCACUAUUUCAUGGAAACAAAAGUUUUGAUAAAUGGAGUGGAGGAAACAGUUCAGACUCUCAUACUUGGUUACCAACCUGAAAACCCCUAUAUUUGUGCUGGCUUAACACAUCCUUAUAACUACAGCAUGUUUCCCAAAGAUGUUGAAAUGUGCAUUUUAACUCUAAGUCAUCAAAAUCUUGAGUUUCCACAAGCAAUGGCCCUAAGUGGGGAGCUGUUCUCCAGGCAGACUAAACUGGAACACUUGGACUGUGGUGUGAGUGUAAAAGUCAUCAUCAACAAGAACAUGUCUUCACAGGCCCAGGCAGCCCUGAAGAGUUAUGGUGAGAACAAUGUCAAUGGCUCCCUGCACCUUCAUUCCAAUGGAAGGGAAAUGCUGAUGCUGGAGGUUAAUAUGAACAAUGAAAAGAGGAGGAAUGCCAGAAUUGUUGAACUGAGGGCUUUUCUCCAUCAAACAGUCCUGACAAAUCCAGAAUCAGUACAGUUCCAGCUCAUGAGCAAAAUAUUUCCAUCAAGACUUCUGUUGUCUUCUGACUUGAAGCUUAAUGAAAAUAGGCUUCAUGUGGAUUUCAUGGGAGCCAGGGAGCAGAAAGUUGGUUUUGUUUUGUCCCUGAAUGGAAGAGUCCAACACACUUUUACUGGAUUAAAGGCCAUACCUCAUCUCCUUUCUCUGGAUGGAUUACUCAAGUGCAAAAACAACAUUCAUGAUGGUAACAUCAAUGUGAUGGUCAACCAAAGACUGUAUGGACUGCAAAUCAGGAACAGGAAUGUGUUUGGGAAUACCACUGUGCACAAUCUCACUGUUGCCAUGGUUCAGAAUGGCAGUCAGGCAAUCCCAGGGGAGGCAAGACUGAAAGGACACCUGGAACUGAGUAAAGAGAAGAAAAGGGGGCUAGCUAGCUUCCAGGUGGAUGAGAAGGCUCUUUCUGUAGAUUUUUUCAAUAUCAUGGAUCAUGGGCACAGCAGAGUCAGUGGGACUUUCACACAUAAUGUUGACUUUUUAAAAGAUGCAGGGUUGCCUUUGGAUGGCAUUCUUACUGCCACAUGUGAGCAUGGCACAGGAAAUCACACCAUUGCCAUAGCCCUGCAGAGUGGCAGUGGAAGGAUGGUUGCUGUGUUUGAGGGGCACAAAGUGGCCACAGAGCCUCCAACAUCCCACCUGUCUGUGAGCUUAAAGCACAACAUCUCAAAGAUCAAGGAACAUGGGAUCCCUUUUGUUUUAGAAGCUGCUGGCUAUUAUGAGAAUUUCUCCAGAAAGAUUGCUGCAGGGAUAACAACCACAGUGGAGACAGAGCAGCUCAAGAUUGAAAUAGAGAAGAAAAUCACUGACACUGCUAUAGAAAUUUCUCUUUCACUUCACCAUGAUGUGGGAGGACUGAUGGACAUUGUUCCACAUGUACUAGAGACUCCAGCAAGAGUUUCACUGAAUGGGUCAAUAUUUACCAGCAACUUUACUGUCAUCCUCUUUGGACACGUUUCUUUUCAUGACAUAUUUGCCUGCCUACAACUCUAUGCCACCAGUAACACCCAUCCUCAUUUAGAAAUCGACUUCCAGCAUUCUUUGCCUUCACUUCAUUCUCUGGGAAUUGCCAGAGAGAACCAACUGAAGGUGUCAGCCAUGAGAAGUGACAAGUACAAGGGCAUCCUUGGUAUUGUCCUUGGGCCUUGCACUUUGGAAGCUGAUGGGGAAGUGAGCCUGGCAGGCAAUGAGACAGGAUGGGUACUUGCUUUCAGAAACAAGUGCGUCAGUCUAGAGGAUCUCCAUUUCCCAACUCAGUCCCGGCUCACAGGAUCCAUUCAGAAGGACAAGUGCCAGGCAGAGCUGCUCUCUGUCCUGGAAACAGGAGGCAAAACUGCCCAUCUUGAAGUGAGAGCAGAGUGCAAGCCAAAGCUGGCUCUGGAAAUUCAUUUCAGGCAUGACCUCCCCCAGCUGAGGGAAAUCCCAAGGGAAAAUGAGCUGUCCAUCACUGCACGGAAACACUUCAAAUAUCUCAUUGGGGUUGGAAUAAAACUGGGGGCCUGUGAGCUUCAAAUGAAUGGGGACUUUGACCCUGAAAAGAACCUGCAGUGGAAAAUGCUUAUAGAAAACAAAUGCCAAACAAUUCAGGAUCUUGGAGCACCAAUGAAAAUUGAUGGCUCAGGCUAUCUUUUGAUGGAUGAAAUGAACCUAGACUCACAGACACUGAUCACUGUUGAUGAAAGUAAAUUCCGAGGACUCUUGAUACUAAAAGUCACUGAUGAAAGACAAGAGCUGGAUGCAGUGCUAACCCAUAACAUCCAAGGAGCUGCUGACAUUGGCAUUCCCAUGAAGAUGUUACUUGAUGUGAUAUCAGAAAAAUACAAUGACUUCUAUAAAGGAUUUAUCAAUUUCUGUGUGAACAACAAGCAAAUUACAGAAGAACUGAACUUUGUCCAGAAGUUGGAUGUUGUGUCUCUUAACUACAAACUUACUCAUAACAUAGACACAUUGAAGACUUUGCAAAUAAAAGACAGGAUUGAGUUGCAGAUAGAUGUGGUUUUUCAAGGGAGAAACACAACUCAAGAGAGAUAUGUGCACAUUGCAGCUGGAGAAACAUCAAUCACAUACAUAAUAAACUCUCAUUAUGUUGGCCACCAAGUGGAUCUGUUCUGCCAGAGUGUGCACAGCAGUGAGGUUCUCCAGGCUUCUGGCUACCCUAAGGCAAUCAACUUGAUUUUCAGUGUACAGAAAUCAGAAAACAAAGCCAAGACUGUCUGUGAAAUCCAGUAUGAUGAGAAAGAUAUAACUGUGACUGUGGAUGUUGACACAGACUUUGAACUCUCUGGUAUAUUUGUGUUCAUGGCAGAGGUGAAGCAUUCAAUAUCACUUCUCCAUCACCUGGGACUUCCCUUCUCUUUUAAGGUAAAUUAUGAUAUGAGUGAAGCAAAAGGCAAACUCUACCUCAGGAUGGAAAAAAGGGAUUUCAACGUUUCAGCAAAGCUAACUUUGACUGGAAGCAGCUACACCAAUGCCAUUGAGGUGGCACAGACCAUGGCCCAGUUAAAAAUUCUUCCAAGGCAACUUAUGUUUAUGACAAUUUACCAAAAAGGCAACAGAACUCAUCUGCUGAGGCACAUUGCCCUGUGGGAUGGCAAAGAGAUAAAGCUAACAGGCACUUACACUGGACUCUUCCCAAAGCUGCCUGGAGGCCAUGGCAUUCAGGCACGCACUCACCAGGAUGUCCUUACUGUCAUUUGGAAUGAAAAGGACAAGAUAUCAGUGUCCUCUUCUCUGAAGAUUGGAAGGCACCGGACAAGCUACAGAGCCACUGCUGCCCACCCAUUUAAUUACACUCUGAAGGAACUGGAGGUGCAUUCCCUGUCAGAAAGAAGGGGCAGAAAGUACAACCAGCAGCUGCAGGUCUCAGGGAAUGCUGGGCAGCCUGCUCACCUCCAGCUGGGGCUGGAGGAUAAAUCCAAGAUGGACAUCACUGCCUGGGGUGGCUGUGUGACACUCUCUGCAGGCCAGCUUCAAAGAAUAUUAAGCAUGGAACACCUGCGUGCAUGUGGGUUUCUAGAGCAAAGACCAACAUUGUUUAGUGAAUACCUAGAUCUGAACUGGGAUGACAAAAAAUUCAAACACAACUUCACAUAUGAGAGAAAUCAACUCUUGUAUCCUGAUACGUUUCAGUUAGAAGCUGUUCUGGAAAAUAUUUUCCUGACUCCGUGUGCCAAACAGAAGAUUCUAGGUAAAAUAGAAACAAACUACACCUCUUGCCUGGAUUACUAUUCAAGCUUUGAGUUCUGUGACCUUCCAAAUGUAAUUGUUUUAUCUGGAAAGCACCAGCUCAACAAAGAUGACAUCAUUUUGCACUCAGAGGGCAGAUUCCACCUUGCUGAUCAUGGGAGAGAUGAGGGGCUGAUUGGAAUAUCCAUAAAGAAUCAGAGCACUGCUGAUGUGAAGAACUAUUCUCUGGAAAUUGAAUUUCCUUUACUGCUGCAGUUAAGAGCCUUUGAAGAUAUUUGGCUAGGCCUGACAGGAACUGCUGCUUCCUCAUCUGUCCAGAGCCAAAUCCUGGUGGAGGGGAUUAUUGAUCAGAAAGAGAAAGUAAAAGUAGCUGCUUCAAAAGGAAAGGAGUGUUUUCAGUACUACAUGGGGUAUCUACAAGGUAUGUAUCUCACUGACCAUGCUCUCAGCCACAGGGCUUUGGGAAGUUUCUCUCAGGUUCAUGUCCUCACCUGGGAUUUGGAAGAAGGAGUGGAAGUCAGUGCUUGUUCCGAUGGGAAACACAUGGCUGCCAUUAACACCUAUCUCAGCAUCAAUGGUAAAAGGCAGGAAAACGUGGGACAAGUAACUCUAGCAGCUGCUAAUGGAAGCUUGAGUUUUCUGGCCCAUGGAUGUGGGGAUCCAGUUCUUAAGGCUGAGAACAAGCUUAAUGAAAUUGGGAGCCUUUUGAAAGCCUCACUGACUGAGAAGAUAAAGAAGUUUGAUGGAUACCUGUGGAGAUUCAGGAGAUCAGUGCAGCAUGUUGGUUUCCUGUCUGAAGCAGCUGGCUGGCCUUCAAUGGCCUUGCAAAGGGCAGCAGGAUUCCUGCACAGCGGGGCCACGGCUGUCACCCAGGUGUGGAAGCAAAGUGGAAUUGGGCACGUUCUGAGAAGCAGGAUCCCACUUUACCUGGAGAAAAUUCAAGAUGUUGUCCAGCAAAUGCAGAACGAAUUACAAAAGCCAUUAGCAACUUUGAAAGAUGCCUACUACGAUGUAACCUUGAAGCCACUGGAUGAAGUCUGGAAAGAGAAGACAGAAGAGCACAUGAAGAAAAUCCUGGCUUUCUUACCCAAGAUUGUAAAAGAUGUGUGGCUAAUGAAACCAAUUCAGAUGGCAUUAAAGGUUGUGAAAGCAGGCUUGGAUAUGGCUACCCAGCAGGUGCUCAGGUGGGCAGAGGCCACGUUUUCCAGAGCUGUGAGCAAGAUCCGGAAGCCCUUGCUGCACCUGUACAGUUUUUCACCCAGGAACUGUUCAGUGGCAGGAAAGCUGCCAGUACUACCUAAAGCAGACCUGUCCCUGCAGCUGGCAAACAUUACCACUUACCUCAUUGGAGAAAAACUAAUGAGGCCUCUGCAAGACCUCUACAAUCUCAACAUCCUUGCAGAGUACUACAGAAUCAAAAGAAGGAUGAUGGAGAGCCCCUUUGAAUAUCAUGCUAUGAUAGUUGGGAGCAAGCAUCUUGUGACUUUUGAUGGAAAAAUGUAUGAUUUGGCAUCAAAGUGCAGUGUUCUUCUUGCCAAGGAUUUUGUUCACAGUGCUUUCACUAUAAUACUAAAUGAGGAAACUAGGAACUCCAGAUCACUGUAUGUGGAGAUGAAUCAGACUGUGAUCACCAUCUACCCACGACUAAAGAUAUCCAAGAUGUAUAACUUCUCCCUUAUGGAAGAGAACUGCCAAGUCCUGGAUCAAUCCCCUGAAAACAGUACCAUGAAUUCAAGGCAAGGAAUCAACAAAAUAGAAGUAUCUGAUCAGAAAGGAGUUUCUGUCUCUUGUGACUUUCAGUAUGAUCUCUGUACUGUCACUCUGGCUGGGUGGCACCAUGGUGUUUCAGCUGGGCUUUUUGGUACCAAUGACAAUGAAGCUGGAAAUGAAUGGAUGGUGCCUAAUGGUUCCUUCACUGACAACGUGAAAGAGUUCACCCAGAGCUGGCAGGUAAAUAAGUGCAGUCUUGUACAGAAGAAAGAGAAGCCAUGCCCAAUUACAGCUAAGCAAAACAUCUGCAAAGUGUUCUUUGAAGAACCACAUUCACUUCUUAGGAACUGCUUCAAAGUUGUGGAGCCCGAGCCAUUCUACACCAUGUGCACACAGGACACCUGUGACUCCCCGGCCCUGGGGGCUGCCUGCAGCUUGGCAGCAGCUUUUGUUCAUUUGUGCAACAGGAAUUUUGUCCCUGUGGAAAUCCCUCCACAGUGGUAAGUUUCAUUUCUUUUACCACCCUGA